AGGUUGUCGGCAAAUUUCAAAGCUUCAUCACCGAAACCUAUAAACGAAAAACACCCUGUACAUCCCCUAAGCCGUCCAAAAACCGAGCGUGCCAAUGGCGUCGGCGCGUGUUGGAAUCACUAUUGAUCGCACCACGAGUUCUGUACAAUCGGGGGUGAUUCCGGACGUACAAUCGUCGACUCAGUGCACCCCUAUCAGUUACAAACAAACGCGACGCGCCGUGUUACAGUUCCGUGUAGACAGCAUGUCGAAAUCGUGACUUGGAGAACAACAUUGGACCAAGAUGUCCUCCAUGUCAGCUCAAGGGGUCGUGGAGAGGGCCUCGGCGGAGCUCUCCAAACGCAUCAAUGGCCUUGGACUCAGGAGAGACAAGCACUCCACCAAGGGGAGCGUGAUGGAGCGCGUAACCAACGUUUUCUGCGGGGGUGGCAAUAAUGCAGCAGUAGCCGCUCCUGAAAAACCGUCCAGGCUUCUGCCUACGAUGCGGGGCUCUUCGAAAGUGCAGGGGAGCUUGCAGCAUCAGAACCACAUGGCGAUGGCCACCAGACGACACAGGGUUCAGCAGGUCUACCUCAACUGGGAUCAGUUGAUGAUGGACGAGAAGUUCCUAGGAAGGUUUUUCACCUAUUUUAGCCCUUGCGAGAGAUGUGUAUUAGCGCAGGUUUGCACCAGGUGGCGUGAUAUUUUGUAUAGAAGUCCAAGGAACUGGACUGGGCUCUUUCCAGUGUUACAGUGUAGAGAACUUCGUUCUUCACAGAUGAAUGAACGUGCGCGUUUAUAUUCCUCCUUACUCAGAAGAGGUUUCCACUGCAUUUGCCUGAUGGGAGCUUCUGACGAAGAUGCCAUAGAUCUAGUGAAUUCUUUUCCCCUUGCGUCCAAACAUAUACACAAUUUGAGCUUAAGAUGCUCUAGUAUUACCGAUAGAGGACUCGAAUCCUUGUUGGAUCAUCUACAGGCCCUUUAUGAGCUGGAACUAGCAGGUUGCAACGAGAUAACCGAAGCAGGUUUAUGGGCUUGUUUGAACCCCAGAAUUGUCUCUCUCACCUUGAGCGACUGCAUAAACGUCGCCGAUGAAGCAGUGGCGGCCGUUGCUCAGCUUUUGCCUGGAUUGUACGAGUUCUCCCUCCAAGCUUAUCACGUUACCGACGCAGCUUUAGGUUAUUUUUCGCCGAAACAAGGAUCUUCGCUGAAUGUUUUAAGGCUACAUUCCUGCUGGGAGAUCACGAAUCAUGGAAUUGUAAAUAUAGUUCACUCUCUGCCCAAUUUGACUAUUCUUAGUUUAUCUGGCUGUAGUAAAAUAACGGACGAUGGUGUAGAAUUGAUUGCUGAAAAUCUUCAGAAAUUACGUUCCUUGGAUCUUUCUUGGUGUCCAAGAAUAACAGAUGCAGCCUUGGAGUAUAUAGCCUGUGAUUUGAAUCAGCUGGAAGAGCUCACGCUCGACAGGUGUGUUCACAUAACGGAUAUUGGAAUAGGAUACAUUUCUACAAUGCUUACUUUAUCAGCCCUAUAUUUACGUUGGUGCUCUCAGAUAAGGGAUUUUGGUCUUCAACAUUUAUGUGGCAUGAGAAACCUUCACAUAUUAUCCUUAGCAGGUUGUCCCCUGCUGACUUCUAGUGGCCUAUCCAGCCUAAUCCAACUCCGUCACAUGCGUGAACUAGAACUCACUAAUUGUCCUGGUGCCUCAAAAGAAUUAUUUGAGUACCUCAGAGAACACUUGCCUCGCUGUCUGGUGAUAGAAUGAGAAUACGUACCUAUCUUUUCCAAUAACGUUGAGUGCGAUUCGAACGAGGAGUCAGAUUCUGAGACCUUGCAUCGGCUAUUGUCUUGCAUGUAACGAUAUAUCGAUUUUUUUUCGAGAGCUAAAUUUUUAUAAGAGAUCACCUUCGUCUGAAUCGUACUUCAACAACUGAACUCGACUUGUUAAUUUUUAUAUUCUAGUGCAAUAAUUCAAUUUCCGUUUUAUUGUCCUUUAGGUUGAUUCUAAGCAGGUCAGACUCAUUUUGAGGGCUGGUAUUUGUGAACACUUGAUGGAAGAUUUCUCAUGAGGAAAAAUGAAAUUUGUGUAUUGAGUGAGAGAUUUUGAAUGAUAAUAAAAUAUCAUAAUUUAAGAUUUUAAAUGGAUGUGAAGAAGGAUUUCAUGUGAUAUGAUGUUGUCUUCUUGUCUUUUUUCUAGUCAAAACAGCAAUAAUGUUGUCCACUCGAAUUCUUUGGAUGAGAGAAAACAAAAUUCGAUUUAAAAUUUUUAACAAAAAAUUCAAUAUAUACCAUGCUACACAGGGUGUUUCCGAAAAAAAUGCUGAAAUAUAAAGAUGUGAAUCCUAACGUGUUCGAAGGAAAAAAGUUCAAAUAAACAUAUGUUACAAACCUUCUAUAAACUUUGCUACGAGUUGAAUUUAUUGACAAUAUGAAGGGGAAUAGUAACAUUUAGCAACUGUAAGAAUGAACUUAUAGAAUAUAUUGUUUUAAAUUUUUUCAGUACAGAGAUUCAGUUUUACCUUGAAAUUUUUUUCUGGGGGCCACCCAUUGUCCCCUAAGGACGCCACUGCAAAAAAUCAUUAAUCAAUGGCCAAUUUUUGAUAAAGAAAAAUUUUGAUUGUGUCAUCCAUAGGAUUUUAACUAGAUAUUUUGGGAGAUUUGAUUUUAUCAUCGAACUAAUUGAAUUAUUGAGAAAAUUCUCUAGACUAAAUUUUCCGAAAAUUCAAGAUAUUGUAAUAAUUUUCUCUCUGAAUCAUCAAAUUGUCACUGUCUGUACUUAAAUCUCUAAUGAAAGAUUGAAAAUCUUUUUUAAUGUAAUAAUGAAUGUUUUUAAAAUAUAAUCUCGUUUUCAAUGUAUACCUAAGAAACAAGAAUUUUGUGUAUUUACAAUAGAUGUUUGUCAAUGUUAUUCUUCUUCUGUGAUACGAAAAAUCUCUGUUUUAAUAAAACGAAAAAUUUCUGAGAAUUUAAAAUCAAAUCUACUGGAUGUGCAGGAUGAUGAAUUAUGAUUCCUUAAAUUAAGUCCGAAAAAAAGAUUGAAAUAUUUCAAUUAUGGGGCAAAUAUAUCACGCACAAUACAUGAAAUGGAAAAUUGGAAUUUUUUCAAAAUUUAAUGCAUUGAUAUUGAAAGCGAUUAUGUUUCCACACUGUUACUGGCCUGUUUAGAAUUUUGGUUUGUGAAUGUUUGUGUUUGGUAAAUGUGUUAUAUGUUUCCAAUUGUAUAUAAUAUGAAGCUUAUGAGUUGUGAACCUAUUAAAUUUCUGAUAUGUAAAUAUUCAAGAUGAGAUUCAAUAAAAUAGAUAUUUUAUA